GCUGUGCUUCAGGCCUGUGAGGAAACCGAAUGGCUGACUUUAGUCCCGAGCAACACAGUCUGGCCCCGUCUCAACUCAGGCAUGAAGCAGAGCCAUGUUCCUCGACUGAUCUGCUCUCCGCACACGUUUCAAGUGAAACGUCAAUGUCAGAUGACAACUCGGGAGCAUUGGUACAACCCGAUGUGCCGUCAGCCACGUUUUGUGCCGAACAGAGCAGCCUUUCCCGGACAAAUACAACUUCAUCCUGCGGAGACUCUGGAGGCACAAGGUCCCUUGAGAUGGAAUAACUACUCUGAGAAGUUUCAUCUGCUGCUUGAGCUGGAGGAGCAACAGAUGAAUCGGGCCUUGAUUAAAUACAACAUCCCCAACAGAAACAUGAAAUACGCUGUUAUGUUCAGAGACAGGGUCAACAGUGAUCUUCUUGUGCUGGAGGUACCAGGUGUGUCUAACAACUGCUCAUCUUUGCUGAACGGGGCUGAGGUUUGUGUAUUUCCCACAGGAUACACAAUGUCGGUGUACGGCUACCGUGACUUCCAUGGCUGCGUCCACAGUGUGAAGCUGGACAGCAUCGAGCUGCAGUUUCGCUCAGAUUUGCUGGAUUAUUUCGAAGAUGGCAUGAUGUUCAAAGUCUGCUUCACUGUGAACCGCCUGACUCUGGCGCUUCAGCACCGAGCAGUUAUCCUUGCAGUUAAACACACACUGGGAAAGGUGUUGUUCCCUGCUCCCCCUCCCUACUCCUCUCAACAACCUGAGCUUCCCAACCUCAGUGUGUUUGACGCGCAGCUGAAGGAAAACCCCGAGCAGUAUCGAGCAGUUCAACACAUUGUAGCCGGCUCGUCCAAACCCGCCCCUUACCUGGUGUUUGGCCCACCUGGGACAGGUAAAACUGUGACUCUGGUGGAGGCUAUCAAGCAGAUAGACUUGACCCAGGCCUCCUGCCACAUCCUGGCCUGCGCCUCCUGCAACAGCGCUGCUGAUCUGCUCUGCAUGAAGAUUGUGGACCAUGUUGAUAAGGGCAAAGUGUUGCGCAUGUACGCCAAAAGCUGGGACUCAGACUGUAUCCCUGAAAAGUUAAAGGCUUGCUCUAACCUGAAGGAGGGGAAAUAUUUUUUUCAUGCUAAAGAGGAGCUGAAGAAGUACAGGAUCAUCGUUACCACCCUGUUCACUGCUGGGAGGCUGGUCACAUCACGCAUCCGUCAAGGACAUUUCACUCACGUGUUUGUGGACGAGGCAGGACACGCUGUGGAGACCGAGUGUUUAAUCCCAUUGGCAGGGCUGCUUGAUUCAAAGACUGGUCAGGUUGUUCUGGCUGGAGACCCCAAGCAGCUCGGACCCAUUAUCAAAAACUUUUCAGCUCAGAAAUUUGGCCUGGGAGUUUCCUUCCUGGAGCGCCUGAUGAAUAAUUUCUCUCUGUACCAGAGGGACAAGAGGAACAGGAAGUUCAACAAUCGCUUUGUCACCAAACUGCUGCGCAACUACAGGUCCCACCCUGCCAUACUGGAGAUUCCCAAAGAGCUCUUUUAUGAUAAUGAACUGCAGUGUCAUGCGGAUGAAAAUUCACGAAACUCUUACUGUAGAUGGGAACACCUCCCACGGAAGGAGUUCCCAGUGAUCUUCCAUGAGGUCACCGGUCAGGACGAGCGUGAUGCCAGCAGUUCUUCAUUCUUCAACACAACAGAGGUGACGGUGCUGAUGGACUACGUGAAGAAACUGCUGCAGACGCAGGGCAAGACCAUCUCACCCAAAGACAUUGGUAUCAUCAGCCCCUACAGACAACAGGUGCAAGAGAUCCGUCGGGCUCUCGAAAAAGUUGGGAAAGCCCACAAGGUUAAGGACAUCAACACGCUCAAGGUUGGCGUGGUGGAGGAGUUCCAAGGUCAGGAGAGAGACGUGAUCCUGGUGUCGAUAGUCCGGAGCAGCCACGUUAACGCAAAGACAGACAGAAAGUUCAACAUGGGCUUAAUCAACAACAACAAGGGAUUCAAUGUGACUGUGAAUCGGGCCAAAGCCCUGCUGAUCGUGGUGGGAAACCCCAACACAAUCAAAACAGAUCGCACCUGGAAACGCUUCAUCGACUACUGUCGACACAAUGGAGGCUACAUUGGCGACGCUCGCUCCUCUUCAAAUCAACAGUGAAGAUAAAGGGUUAUUCUUGACAGUGGUGACUGUAGAGUUGUUCAGCAGUGCCUGGAAUCCUGAGCUCAGGAGCGAACAAAAAGGAGAACCCUAACGUUCUGCCUCGUCACUUAAAGGGAUUCAUUUUGCUUUUCGUUUAGUUUAAGGCAGAUUUCUUCAGUAGUGAUGCCUCAAAAUUUAAGUCUGUUGUGUUAAACGCCUACAAACGUGUGACACAACCAGUGUUGAAAAGAACAAAUAUAUUAUUAUAAUAAUAUGUCCUUGUUAUCUUUAGAGCAGACUGUGUAUUGGACUUUGUUAGUUUUCAACUUUAUUUUCUUUUUUAACUUCUUUCACUCGAACCAAAUGUUAAAUACAGCCAAUUUAUCCAAAUGACAAAUAUGUAUGUUGUUGAGAUUCUCCUAGUCUUGAAUCUUUUCAAUUGAUGAACAGUAUUAAAGGUUGAAGGAAUGCGUUUUAAGAAAUAUAGUAUUACAAAUACCUUG